GACCAAGAUGGCAGAGGCAGAGGCGGAAGAAGAGGAAAAGAAGGGGGAAGGCAGCCAUCGUGGGAGCCUGGUAGGAGAAGGCCCAGCUACAGAAAACUGGAUAGGAGUGAGAACAGCCCGUCUGAGCACUCCAGCAUGGCAGCUGAUGUCACCAGAAGCUCAGGGCUGGUGUCCUUGCUGUUGCCAGCGUUUAUCUGAUACAGUCCACGGUCACCGAUGGCGGUCCGAGUCGCAGAUGCACGCAAAGAACCAAGCCAGUAUAUCUCCUGUGGUUCACUUUCACGUGUCUGAAGACGCCAGGGAAAUGUGGCGAUUCCAGGGUCACCUCUUGUCACUACAUUUUACCACUGAAAGUAAGAAAGAUGUAUUUUCCUGUCACUUGAUGGAUUACACCCUGGAAAGAAAAAGUGGGGAACAAAAGCGGAGACGGAAAAAAAAGAUGACAACCUUUGAAUCUGAAAACCGGGGCCUGAGGUUUACUACAUCCAGCAUUUUGGGGGAUGUUUGGUGGUUGAUUUUAGAUACAGAGUGUGGGGGAUGGAGAAGUUGGCUAGGAAUCCAAAAGGCUGUCCUCGUACUUAGAAACAAACCUGGAGGCAUUUCCUUCAUACCCUCAGAAACAGAAAGCAAGUUGUGGUUUUCGGCAGCAUUCUCUUAGGAGAUCUAGUAGUGAAGGCCCCCAGCUGCCCUGGCCAGGGAGACCCCGGGGCUUGGUUUACAGAGACGGAUGUUACAUACACAGCUCCGUUUAUGCAUGGUCACCAGUGACCAGAGAAGCUACUCGAUGCAAUGCAUCUGUUUCAAAUACAGAGAUAUAGAGAAGAUAUUUAUUGAGAUUUAAGUUAUUGUUAUUUAUUACCAUUCACUAAUGAAUUUCUCUUUUCUUCCCUUAUUUAUUAAAGUCUCUUUUCAAAGGUGCCAAAGUAUAUGUGCUCACAAAAUACAAAGGUGACAGAAGGAAAUAUUAACAUUGAGAACAAGGGUCCAUUCUCUUCAGAGUAUUAAGAGGGUUUUUGCUAGGCAAAGCUCACUUUACCUUUAUAAGACAGUCCUUCACUAACUGCCACAGAUUUCAGCAUUUUUCCCCCUCUUUCUGUGGACAGGAUCUCCUGUAGCCUAGGCUGACCUUGAACUUACUGCCUGGUCAAGGAUGACCUUGGCCUUCUGAUCCUCUGGCUUCCUGUGGUCUUGGCAUGGCAGACAUCAAUCACACGGUAUCAUCACACUAAGAAUGGAAUUCAGGGCUUCAUCCAUGCCAGGCAACUGUAGGUACCAACUGGGUUACACCCCAGCCCCAGCUUUCUAUCUGUUAAAGGGAGAGGUCAGGAGGGGCAUCUCAGUCCCACCCCCUCCCUCACCCGGAGUACCAGUGGGACUGCUACCUGCUUGCAUCUCCUCUUCUAUCCACCCGAGCAGCAAAGUCCCAGCUCCGUCCAUUGAGUGAGGUCUUCUUCCCCUUCCAUCCUGGGCGAUAUCAGAACCACACAUUCAGAAGGCUGAACUCCUCUUGGAAGCCCUGAACUUAUUGUCACUUAAAGUGAAAUGAACGCCCCUGCCAGGUAGCCAAGGUUUAGCCCUGCCGGGUGGUACCUCUUCCUCCAUUCUUGCCCAUGUGCCUCCUCCCUAAGGUCACAUUGGCAGGAGAACGUGGGGAAUCAUGCAGGGAGAAGCCGUCUGCCUUUGCCCUUUGUCAAAGCUCAGUUGUCACCUGGGCUCAACAUUUGCUACCCCCUCAAACCCCAUGGAUUCUAAGGAGAAAGAUGGACAGGAAGAGACAUCUAAUUGGCCAUAGGACAUACAAGAGGCCCUCCUCUUUGUUUGGAGGGAAGAAGCAGAGGGUGGGAAUGGCACCUCUCACUGCACUCCAUAGUGUACCUGUCUGGCAGCUGACAAACAGGUCAUGCCUUGAGUCCUAUGUUAGAGCUUGUUAUACAUUUCAUAAAUGGGAUUUUUUAUGUAGAAGUUAAUGUAUCACUACCUUUGUGGCUGCUAUCUCCCCAGAGUAGGACAGAUAGAUCUACAAUAAUAAAUGACCAAUUAAUUGGCCUCUCUCAAAUAAUCACAUCAAAUUUCCAAAGUAACCAAGAGGUAAAAGUUACUAGACAUCCCCUCCCCCUCCACGGCCCUAAAGACCCAAGUUAAGCAUGGUUCCACACCCUCUGCGAGACUGGGAAGUGGGAUCUGUAUGCGCUGCUCUUUCACCUUCUCCUGCUCAAAAUGGUGACAACCUCAGCUGCGCAGCACAAUUCAGAUGUAGUUCCAGACCCUCUGUUCACUUCAGAGAUUCCUGACAGAUGUGGUAGCUGAUAUCCCCAGGUCCAGACAGAGCCUCCAGCCCUCGGGGGAAGCCCUCGAGAGCUCAGCAUCACCCACACAUCCCAAGCAGGUUCUAAUGAGAGCAAGCUGCUCUGCCCAGUCCACAGAAGGGUAAAGUUUGCGAAUGUUCUUCUUUACUGUUGAGAUCAGCAUCUGCCACAGUAAGGAGCACACUUCUUUGGAAGUUCUGACCUCUCUGAUGUCUCGGUCGUUUGUGUUAUACAACCAAAGUUCUCUACAGACUUUAUUUUUGUACAAUAUCAUUUUGUAACUUUUUACAAAUAAAAGCUCAUUUCUAUUGC